AUGUUGUCCUGGACUGUGAAAGCCAUCACCUCAAUGCGCUCCUCGGCCGCACUUCUCAAUAGCACGGACUGCGCUGAUAUCCACUUCAGCUGGCCCGCGGUAGAUCUUGAGGUCGCCUUGGUACGACUAUUCAAUGGCAGAAUUGGUUGCCGAGAACACAAUUUUGAGCACGAAAUACAAGGAAUCAUCUACCGCCCCGUUAGCGAAACGGGAUCGAUUAGGUAUUUCGUUGGCUGGGCUGCAGUGGGUAGCCAUGUGGAUAGAUAUCCAGCGGACUCUCCUGAUUUGAGAAUUGUUCUAAUCUUCAACUCCGAGAGUGCUAUCAUUCUGGAAGCCUUCGGGGUGGAGGCGGUAUAG